AUGCCUCUGCUGUGGCAGGUUCUCAGUCGGGAGACUGACCCGCUGUCUCUGGCGGCAUGUGCUCGAAGAAGCUGUGUUUUCUUCCUGACUGUGUUUUCGUCUUUCUCUCUAUUUUUUUCGGGGUUUUCCUGUCUUUCUCUGGUCUUCAGAGAUGCCUCUGUUCCGCGAGAAGCAAGAAGCAGCACUGCAGACGGGCGUGUAGACGCCCUGCCUUUCGGUCGAACGUGGAAGGUCGGGAAAUCAGGAGACAAAGUCGAGGAACACUCCCCGCAGUUGUCCAUUCCAGAAGAAAUCAAGGGAAACUGGUCCUCGUCUGCUUCAGGGUGUGUUUCUUGCCUUCAUUCUUCGUAUCCACCUGAUCCAUACACCGCUGAUGCGCCUCUUGCUCUUGCAAGUAUAUCUGGCCGUGCGCGUUCGUGCCUGUCUUCUCCUGCAUCUCUCCAACGGUCUUCUCUCAGAGCCAGUUCGUUGUCUUUGUCGUCCAUGGCCAUGUCGCUGCCGUCUUCCUCUUCUCCGAGUACCCUUCCCCCGUCUCCAUCUUCGCCGCCCACGGAAAGGUCGGAAGGGGAUGAGACCUCGCGUCCUGUCUCCGUUCGCCCUCGAUCGGUCUCGCCCCUGUUGCUCCCCGCAGCACCAGCCGGAGGCCUGUGGCGUUACCGCCGUUGCCCAAAUCCAGUGUCCUGGAUAAGCCGGGAGGCCAAGUCCACGCGUGGAAUCCCGAGGUCGUCCGAACCUGCUACACCGCACAGAAAAGAAGGGGGCUGGCAUGCAUCUGUCUCGCCUUCAGGAUCCUUCUCGGCCUUGAGGUCUGACAAGAGGAAGGCGAACCCGGAUGACUCCCAGAGAAAAGCGGUGACAAGAGCCAAGAAUGGUGUGACGCCUCAAAAUCCAGUCUGUGGUGUAGGUUCCUCUUGUCCGUCUGGUGACGGCCUGAGUCCGUCUCGCUCUCCGCCGUGCUCUGCCGCGCGUUCAGCGUCGGGUUCUCUCGGCCCUUUGAUCUCCGCCUCUACCUCGCUCUCGUGUCCGUCCUCGGCAGUCGACGGGGCCGCUUUCUCUUCGCGUCUGCCGGAAAGGGAGUCGAGAGAUCGAGGGAAUGUUCUUUCGCAGGAAAGAGGAAAAGGAGACGAAUUGUGUGCAUGCGGGAAGUCUUCGCCUACGGAAAGCGUGUCUGAUGCGUCCGCGCCCUCGAAACAAGGCACAGACGCACACUUCUGCUAUGAAACGCAUUUCCCUUCUCUCCUGGAGGCAAAGAGCGAGUCACGGGCCGGAGCUUCGGUGGCUGUUCGCGGGCGAGAUUGUGGGAAAGAGAAGAGGGAAUGCGACCAGCUAGGUUUGCCGGCUGGGCUGGACAGCGGGUCUCCGUGUGAGUGCGCAGCGUGCGUGUCUCACCCUUUCUCGACUUGCAAGACGCACGCGGAAAGGAGCGAAAGAGAACAGGAAGACUGCCGAGGAGAGCGGGAGCACGAACCGGAGAAGAAGACUACGGACGAUUCGAGCCAUUAUCGGAAGCAGGAAGAAGUGGCAUGCGCUGUGAUUUUUGAGAGGAGCCAUGCGCGUGUGGGUUCCUUAACUGACUGUCUUCCGGUCCAAACUGAUGCCCGAGAGAGGUUUCUCCAUGAGCACGCGGAAAGGAUGCUGGAGUGGAAGCCUUCUCGCGGAUCGGAGCGGCGGUCGCCUUUGGAGCGGCAACCAGGAAGAGAGAAAGAGGUGCAAAGCACGUCGAGGAGAUCCUCUUCGGCGCUUUCUCCGUCUCUUCAGAUUUCUCGUGGCGAAACGCAGAAUGCUGGCAAGCUUCGGAGUCUGUCGGACUCGCAAGAGAUGAGAGAAAUGACGGAGACUACCGCGCGGAAGAAUGAAGAAAAGGUGAAGAACGAGGACGAGGACAGUGGCAGGGCCGCGUGGGUCCACGCGGGUAAAUGUGAUGUGGUCGAUCGAAACGGUAUUUUUCGAACGAGAGCAGAUAAGAACCAAGAGGACAGAGAUUGGAGACACGGAUGUCACCGGAAGGCGAGCGGCCGGCAAAAGUAUCAGACAUUUCCCUCGCGAGGCUCUGGAAGUCACAGAGAAGAGGGGAGAGAAGGGUAUUCUUUGUCUUCGAAAAGCUUCGUUCCUGGUAGACUCCGGCCACAGACAAGAGAGAAAGCGAUUCCUUCCUCCACCUUGGCCUCGUGGGCGCCCAUUGCACCUUGUUCCUCUCCCUCCUCUUCACCUCCAUUUCCUCCCUCUUCUUGCCCUUCCGCUUGUUCUUCCUUACCCUCAACUCUGCCAUCUUAUUCUUUUCUUCUGCCUUUCGUCCCUCCGUCCUCGUUUCCUUCUGCACGUGUGCCGCAUUCCUAUCCACCUUCCGGCGAGACAUCCCAGUGUCACGAGUGCGAACCAAAGGAAGGAGGUCGAGAGGUUAUCGACUGCCAACUGUUUCUUUCUGCCACCUUGCCGCUGCCGUGCACGCUGCUUCCGGAAGACGUUGCGACGAGUCUGGGGCGAGCCGAGAGGAAGAAACAAACAGGGGGGGACGGAACGCCCAAGCAGGCAGCGAGUCCGGCUGUGCCCGCGUCGGUUGCGUUGCUGGAUGCCCUGAAGAGUUCCUCUCCACGCGCUGAGGAAGACGAGCGAGAACAGGAAGCCGGACCAGAAGAGACGGGAGGGACACGAGAAAGAGAUGGGGGUGAUCUCGAAGAAAAAGAGGUAGCGUCACAAGAGAACGAGGGGAUAGCACAGACGACAGAGGCAGGAGAAAAGGGGGGAGACUCGGGACCGUGCGAAGCACACGAACAGAAGGAGAGAGGAAAGGAAGGGGAGGGAACGAACAUAUGUGAGAGAGGGGUGCGCGAGACAGCAGAGCGCGGAGGCCCAAAAAGCAAAGCGGAUCCGGCCAAAGCUGCAUUCGCUUGUCCACGCCCGCAGCAGAAAGGGGACGAGGGAAAUGGAGCAGUCAUCAUGGUUCAGGCCGUCUACGACUUGACCCAGGAGCAACUUCUCCUCCCCGCCUACCACGUCUACGACAAGUCGGGGGUUUUCCAAGGGCUCUUGCCGUAUGCAGCAGUCAUGAAAGCUCACAGUGGCUCGUGUCUCGACCCGAUCCUUAGCGCAAAGGGACACACGGCAAAAGAACGGACUGAGGGAGAGAAACAAGACAAACGAGAAACAAUGCGGGGCAUGCAUUCGAAGACCGAGGUUGCUGAGGCUGGCCGCUGCUCAGGGGAUAACGGAGCACCGACUGAAGAUCGUGGCUGCCGAGCGAGAGCAAGCUUCAACAGAAGUGGGCCGGAGUGCGGACUCAGCACAAGUGGAAGAAGGGUGAGAAGAGACGAGCAGAGCGAACGGGAGAAGGGCGAAGCUUUUCCUCAGAGAACUGUGGUGACGCCUCUUCCCGUUCUCCCUCCGCGUCAGCUUGAAUCUCUCCACAGUGCAGUGGCUCGAAUGUACGGAAGCGGCGCGAGCAAUAAGGGUCUCCUCAGUGUCCCUCGACAGCAAGCACUGUCCCCAUCUGACCGUCUCCCAGUAUGUUCUCCUGUUUCUUCGCCACCCAUCUGUUCUCCACGCGGUUGCCCUUCUCGAACAUCUUUAUCGUAUUCUGCCGCCGAGGGUUCUCGCUCGCCUCUGCUGUCUUCUAGCUCCUCGCCAGAUUCUGUCUCCGCAGUUUGUUCGUGUUCUUCCCCUCCGGAACCGUCAAUCGCUUCCGGACCUCUCCGCAUUCGUCUCCGCGUGGCGCGCGAGAGCGGCACGAGAGACUCACCGCUAGUUGAGCGUGAAAAGAUUGGGAUGGCUUCUCGGUGGCAGACAAGAGACUGGACAAAGAAAGGUGAUCCAGAAGCAGAAAAAAGGAGACAAUGUGAAGGAGCAGUGGAGGCGGAUGAGGACGCGCAGCGACCUGUGGGAAGUGGCAGGAUGAGAAAGAGACGGAGAAGACGAAGAGAGAGUAGGGCUGGUGAGUUCGGAGAUCAAGCGGAGAAAGCUAGAGCGACGACAGAAGGACCAAGAGAGAAGGCAGAGAAGAAAGCGGAGGAAAGUAACGGCUUGCCACCUCCAAAACGAGCAGAAUUGAAGGCUCUCCGGGGAGUCUUCGCCGCCCUUUGUUAUAUGGCCACAGCCCUGAGACAUGAACCGGCGAAGGACCAGAAGUGCCAGUCUGAUUCUGCUUGUCCCAGCCUUCUCGACAGCACACAGAUUACAGGCACAAACGGGGGCCCUGUUGAAAACGUCGCCUAG